AAAGUGUCUCAUAUACCUCCCAAGUUAGGAUACCAAUCUAAAGAUCUCAACUGUAAAGACUAAAUCACUAGAUCUAUGUCCCUUUGCACUUAGCGGUUUUACGAACUGGCUAAUUCGUACGAUUUUAUACGAUGUGAUAAGUAAGUAGCCUACUAUUAUAUAUUUAAAAAAUACAAGCAUGAAGCUACACUCUUCAGUGAGCAGAUAGGCUAUUAUACAAACCCAGAUCGUACGAAUUUGUCACCAAUUUUCAAAAACGUAAAACAGCCACGAGUUUAAUUAAAGCCAUUUCAACCUAAAUUUUUCUGGAGAAUCAAAUUGACCUUUGUGUGGCUUGGAUACCACGAUGAACAAACAAUGUAGUGUCCUACACAGUGUGUGUGUGUGUGUGUGUGUGUGUGUGUGUGUGUGUGUGUGUGUGUGUGUGUGUGUGUGUUUUGCAUAUAGCUGUUAAAGGAAUUAAAACAUUCUGUAUCCCCCUUAAGUGUGUGGGUGAAAAAUGAGAAGUCUUCAUAGCACCGGCACUCGACUGUUUAUAUUACACGUUUAGACGAGUGAAGCUAUUUCUUUAGUUCGCUUCCAUCUUAUUUGCCGCAUUCUGCUCCAAUCAGGUUUCCUAGACUCUGAAACACUCCCCCUCUUCAUGCAAAACAUCUGUGGGAACUUUAAUAGAUGAAAGCUCAAAACCACAAUCGACUUCCUUUUGUUUUCAAGAAGUCACUUUACGUCAGCCGGUUACUGAAAACAGAUAAACCUUCGAAAUAGUGAGCGUUUGAUAAAAAAUUGCUUUCUUAACACGCCUUACAGCAUAGAUUAAGGAGAUCGCUUUGCCAUAUGUGUUGCCAUACAAGUGCACGUUGAAAUUAAACUUUCUUUAAUGACGUGACAUACGUUUUAAUGACUUCACAUUAAAUUGUAAAAUCUGUCUGCACGCUUCCCAAACAAGAGCCAAGAAUCCAUUAAUGUGAAUGUAAUUAUGCAUCUAUGCUAUAAAUAUCAAAGGACUAUAUUAUUGUACUUUUGAAAAAGAAUAAAAAGCUACAAAUAUUGAAACAGGUAGAUUAUUUAAAUGGUGUGGAAAUGGAUGGAUUUCAUGUGCAACUCUAUCAGCUUAAACUGUAUCAGAUUUACUGGUGCUUUAAUUGAUAGAAAGAUAGUUAUAACCUGUGUGGCAACCAACUAAUCUAACCUAGACAGUACAAUAUACAACAUACUUCACAGGAGAGUGAUCAUGAAGGAUAUGGUUAUUACAGCCUCAAAAAGUUGCACUACAGGAGCAAAUAUUUCCACUGAAUAAAAUAAGUGUAAUAAUUGCAAUGGCCCUGCUAUAGUUCCCCUGUAUCAGGGACAGAAUCCCGGAAAAGAACAUUUAUUUUGUAUUCUCUGGAAUUUCAUAUUUUGUUUGUCCAUGAUUUAAUUUUCUUGACCCAGUUGCAGACAAACAUAGUGGGAGUGUUCAGAAUUAUUUAAAUCUCAGUAUAUAUUCAGGGACUUUGCAGACACUGAGCAACAUUUUCUUAAAAUGAACCUAGAUGUGAAGAAUUUUGCAUGGAGAGCAGCUACAAAAACCUAUUCACUAAAAAAUGAUUAAGAUGAAUGCAGAUGAAAAUAUGUGUGCUCUAAAGGAAAAGACUAAAAACAUCCUCACCACAACAUUUUGGUAGCAUUUGUUGAAUAAAAAUCUGGUAAUGCUGGAAUGAAAUUCACACUUGACAGCCCUGCAGCGAAUUGACAGGAAUUUCCCAGCAGUAAAUGCCAAAUCUCUGAAGUUCCACAGCACACAGAGGCCUGACAUAAAACUUCAGAUCUCUUUGCUUAUCAUCCAAUCUGACUAAACCUUCAGUGAGAGUGGGUAAGUUCUGGCAAAUGCAUGGGAAGUUGACAUGAAAUGCUUUUGGGAAGUUAAUAUGUCCCACAGAGUGACAUGCUAUUGUCCAUAUUUUAAACAUAAUUUUCCAAUUCUGUUAAGAAGUUUUUGAGAGGCUAAAUGGGAUAUUAUUCAAAAACAACCCCAAGACAGUUUAAAUGAAUUGGUGAAAAUGGUGCAAAACUUGAAAUUGUGGUACUGAUUUGUCAAAUGUGGCAAAACUUCAAGUGGUGCCAAAAUUCACAACCUCAGUGUUAUAAAGCGCCUCAUGAAAUGAUGUGCCUGUGGCAUUUGUGCAUCACCAGUGUAUAUGGAGGAAAGUCUCUGACUUGAAUGACUUCAAGGUCAGCAAGACCAUGAUAGAUUAUUUUCCUGAAUACAUAAUAGGCUGUACUGCAUCACAAUCCAAUUCUAAACAAAGCCGUCUGUGUGCCAAUGGAUUAAAAAAAUCUGUCAGUGGGGAAAACUGCUGAAUACCUCAGAAGAAUGCAAAGGAUUUGUCUUCCUGGUAUGUACAUUCCUCCAAGAUUUAGGAAACCGUAUUAUGGAGAUACUGCAUCAAGAAUGACCACGGAGGCUUUCCCACAUUUUGCCUUGUACGACUCUUUGACCUCAGUGGCAUUUGUUCACAGAUCAGUCAAUGCUCAAAUAUCUGCACAAAUUGAGCAAAUGUUGAGUUCACGCAAAAAAAAAAAAAAAAAAAAUUACUUGGAAAAUGUUUUACUUUUUUCUUGUGAUCCGUGAGAACUAACCUGUAAAUACUGACCAAUCUGUAGAGGCUGCUUUUAAAUGAAUUAGGUAGCCACUGAAGGAACAAAGAUACCACUGUAAAACUCAUUCCUUUUAACUGCCACAUUUAAAAUGAAUUUGAUUAGAGAUGGUUGUUUAAAAAUGAAUUAACACCAAGGCAAAAACAAAGAAAUCAGCAGAUCAAGAUGCUGAUGCACCGUGAGUCGAGAAACCUGCGAUGAAUACAGUCGUGUAUAUAGAUCAUUUUGUCAUGUUAUGGAAACAUUAUAAUUUCUAGAGAUUAAAUAUUUAUUUAUUUAUAGGAUUCAUUUACAAUUCACAAACACGUAUACGUGUCACACAGACCGCGCUCACGUGUAGCAGAAAUAGUAUUUCAAAAUCCCAAUCAUGUCGAUUACAAUAAAUAAGAAGUCAUCAGACUAUAUACAGUGUUAUUUUCAUUAACUGCAUAAGCAAUCCGUCAGGGUAAAAUAUGUUUUGUAAAAUGUACAGUUUAGUAAAAAUGCAUACGAACGCAUAGCGACCAAAGGACUGACUAAAUAUCUCACAUUGCAUUUAUAUGCUUUCAUUUCAUUAUCUUUGCCUAUAGCUAUAUUAUUACUGCGUCAUUGCUUACUAAAACUGCGCAGAACAGAUUUGCCUCCUUUUGAGAUGGUUUAACAUGACCAGUGACAGUAUUUGGCCACUUGAUGAAGGGUGAUAAAUCUCACAGGCUGGUUCUCUGCUCUGCUGACCAGAUAAUUGAGUCACUUUUUAUGCACUGUUUAACUGUCCACGACCCUCUGUUGUUUACGUGUGAAUUAAUCUAGUGUUUUGUGUCGGGCGCCAGUGUUAGGCUACUGCAGACACUGACAAACAGGGCAGACGCAUUCACUUAUCAACAUGCGACCUGUCUGAGGCAUUUCGAAAUAGACAAUUGAGCAAGACUGAUAAUUGAGUGAAAACAACAACUUGUUCUCAUUACAUACAGAUUUUUUUUAUAUAUAUCUAAUCAUUUCCCCCUCCAAAGAUACAUUUAAAUGUUUAAUAAACUGAGUUUAGUCGAGGUUAUUUGUCAGUGAUUUAAAAAAAAAAAAAAAUCGAAUACAUGUUGUUUUGGUCUUUUAGUAACCCUAAAAGUGUCUAAAAAAAUAAAUAAAAAUGAAAGCAUAAUUUAAAAUUUUGGACACGAUUAUUCGUGGCACAGCAUUUUGCUAUUUCAUACAUAGUAUCAAACACUGAUAAACUGCAAUAUCUCCACAUUAAUAAUGUGCAUCUCUUCACUAAUGUUAAUUAUUCUGACGCGCUUGUCUUUUCCCCGUUGCGUUUCUCAGGUAAAACGCUCAUCUGGAGCAAUACAUGACCUUCUGUGCGCGAAAAGAGGCCAACAGUGACGCUGUGCGCACGAGACUUGGAAGUUCACCUUCUCUGGGUCCCACAGACCGACAGAUGCGUGUCCUAAUGAUGUUGACAUAUUCACACAACAGCGAGCGAGGCAGCGCUGUUUCGCGGCAGCAAUAGAGUUCUCAAACACCUUUUUAUAAGUCUGAAGUCUUUCCCCUCCACCCGACCUGUUAAAACCACGCCUACAGAGCAACACAAUUGGUCCGAAAGCGUCAAAGAGCCAAUCAACAGAGAGCUGCUGCUCGAAACAUGCAACACAUCCACACAGCUGAAGCCUAUGGAGUUCAGAAGCACUGGGAAUAUCUCUGUGCUGGACCCCGUUCUCCGCAUAUCGCGCUCUGCUGAAAUGUGUGUGCGCGUGAGAGGACGUGUGUGUGCGAGCGUGUGAAGGUGUAUACCUCCAACAAGUAAAGACAGAGGAAUUAUUCCGAGGCAACGAAAUAUUUCAACACAUCUCUUUGGCAGGACUCGGGACGAUCUCAUUAUUACAGGAAUGUCUGUUUUAAAGAAAGCCCAAGGAAACCGACAUACGCCGCAAGCAGACAUACAGUGACUCGGUCGUCUUUAAUUUCAUCCUUUAAUUUUUUUUUUCUCAAUUUCAUAGCGCGCUGACAAAAGACAAGCGGCAGCCGCGAAGAUUAAUGGAUAGCUGUUUCUUACUUUCUCUUUUACACAGUUUGUUGGAAUCCAGCUAGUGAAACAAUUAAGAGACUCGCGCACUGAGGCGUCGCAGGGACGCUGGACUUGGUGAAGCACUUCUCCAGCGCAGAUUUUUAGCUGAUUGUACAUCCAGACGCUCGUUUUAAGGAACACCGCAUCUGCUAUCUGGACUUGAAUGAGCUUCCCGAUGAGAGAUCCAGUUAUUCAAGGAUCCAGUAUGGCAUAUCACCCGUUUUUACCUCACCGGGGUCCGGAAUUUGCCAUGAGUGCAAUGCUGGGUCACCAGCCGCCCUUUUUCCCGGCCCUGGCACUGCCACCCAACGGCUCCCUGUCCCUGCCCGGGGCGCUGGGCAAACCGAUAAUGGAGCAGCUGAUGGGCGCAGCAGAGACCGGCCUUCACUUCUCCUCACUGGGACACCAAGCCGCCACCGCGCAUCUCCGGCCUCUGAAGACACUCGAGCCCGAGGAAGAGGUUGAAGACGACCCGAAAGUGCACCUAGAAGCCAAAGAACUCUGGGAGCUUUUUCACAAGCGCGGCACAGAAAUGGUUAUCACUAAAUCGGGAAGGCGAAUGUUCCCUCCGUUUAAAGUCAGAUGCACGGGCUUGGACAAAAAGGCCAAAUAUAUUCUGUUGAUGGAUAUUGUUGCGGCUGACGACUGCAGGUAUAAAUUUCACAACUCUCGCUGGAUGGUGGCGGGAAAGGCUGACCCCGAAAUGCCAAAACGGAUGUAUAUUCACCCCGACAGUCCGGCCACUGGAGAGCAAUGGAUGUCUAAAGUCGUCAAUUUUCACAAACUUAAACUGACGAAUAACAUCUCCGACAAGCAUGGAUUUACGAUACUUAACUCCAUGCACAAAUACCAGCCGAGAUUUCACAUUGUGAGAGCCAACGACAUACUGAAACUCCCAUACAGCACGUUCAGAACCUACGUGUUCCCUGAGACUGAUUUCAUUGCUGUCACUGCCUACCAGAAUGACAAGAUAACACAACUGAAAAUUGAUCACAAUCCUUUUGCAAAAGGAUUUCGUGACACUGGAAACGGGAGACGCGAAAAAAGAAAACAGCUGGCUCUGCAAUCGAUGCGUUCAUAUGAGGAGCAGCAGAAAAAAGAAAAUGGGACGUCAGACGAUUCCUCGGGCGAACAAGCGUCCUUCAAAUGUUUCCGCCAGGCUUCGUCUCCUGCGGUUUCAACUGUUGGACAGAACUUAAAAGAUUUUUGUGACAGUGAUGAAGAUAGUGAUGACGAAGACAAAGAUGGGAACGUGAAAGACGCCCCAGACUCGAAUAAAAUUUCCACCACGACUGAGGAUUCAAAGGAUCACGAUGCGAGUUUAGGCAAAAGUCUUUUUGGUGAAAGUGACUCUGCCGGUCGGAGAACUGAGAAAACACGUGCUGACUCACGGCAGAGUCCCAUCACGCUCAUCUCUAGCACCACUCGGUCCGGCGAGGAGCUCAAGAGUCCAGGCCGGGAACAGGCCAAAACAGACGACUGCCGGACAGUGAGCAAAGAGAAUUACAUGCCAUUGACUGUCCAAACAGACGGGGCUGCGCACUUAAAUCAAAACCACUUGCACAAUUUCGGAUUUCCGCCGGGUUUGGCCGGGCAGCAGUUUUUCAAUCACUUGGGUGGUGCCCACCCUUUCCUCUUACACCCUAGUCAGUUCAAUAUGGGAGGCGCUUUCUCCAACAUGGCCGCAGGGAUGGGCCCCAUACUGGCAGCAGUUUCCUCCGGAGGGGUCAGUUCGAUGGACACGAGCAGCAUGCCAUCGCCCUCACAGAGCCUCACGGGAGCACCGCUGCCCUUCCAUCUGCAGCAGCACGUGCUGGCGUCGCAGGGUCUUGCUAUGUCUCCUUUUGGAGGUCUCUUCCCGUAUCCUUACACAUAUAUGGCCGCCGCGGCUGCUGCUUCAUCUGCCGCCUCUUCAUCGGUCCAUCGUCAUCCUUUUCUAAACGCGGUGCGGCCCCGGUUGAGGUACAGCCCUUACUCUUUAGCGAGCGUCCCCGAUAGCACUUUGCUUACGACAGCUCUCCCACCCAUGGCGAGCAGUGCCAUGGAUCUGAAGGCAGACGGGAUGAACACGAGUCCCGCUUCAGCUCCUCUGGACUCUGAGGUCACCAGCCGCUCGUCCGGUUCAGUAUCACUGUCACCAAAAACCUGCGCCGACAAAGAUUCAAGCACCGAGUUACAGAGCAUCCAGCGCCUGGUCAGUGGCCUCGAAUCCAAACAGGACAGAGCACGCAGUGUGUCUCCAUAGACCGGGCAUGAUGAAGACAUGUUGCGUACGACGAUUAACCCGUUUACAAUACGGACCUGCAUCGGAGAAAUAAGUUUAGACUCAAAAUGCACUUUGGUAAAACAAAAAUAAACACGUAAUAUGUAUGUUGUUCUUUUGUUAAAUUAAAACAGUAACUUUGAUUUUUUUUUUUCCUCCAACAAUUUGAAUACCAUAGAAGUAUUGAACAGCGAACAGUUUGGCAAGGAUAUCAGAGACUGAAUAAAUGAAUAAAGCUGCUGCUCCUCUUUAUGUUGAACGUCAGGUUGAUAGUGAUUUAGUUUAAUAUGCACUCUGAUAGGUUCUUGCUUUAUUUGAAUCUGAUAUUACUUUAUCGGAUGUGUUUGAAAACAUUCAUGAUUUAAAUUUACCGGAGGCAUAUAGCGUGUCAAAGACCAGACCUAAUCAAGACUGCUGUUUUUUAAGUUAACUCUUUUAUUCUGCAUAGUUUGAAGCGCAAAUUCACGAAAUCUACAUAAUUUUUUUUAAGAAUAUUUUGCAGUGUGACGGAGAUUUCACAGUAAACCCUUAUAUAUGUGUAAUUUUUUUUAAUUUAUUUCUUUUUCGUAAAUUGAGGGAGGCAGUCUAGUCAAACAUUUAUGUUGUUUUAAUGUCCAAAGUUGUCAAUCAGUCCACAGACCACUGAUUAAUUGUCUAGAUUAACAGACGCGGUACUAAAAUUGCUAAUAAAAAUCCAGCUAAAAGGGAUCAUAUGGAUCAAAAAUGGUUAUAAUAAAUACAAAUGUAAAUAACGAUAUAUAUAUAUAACAUAUUUAUGUAAUUAUUUCAUAUGAAUAUUGCUUGUAUAUAACUGAGGUUCUUCGUUUGUUCGUUUGUUUGAGGGAGCUUAACUUAAUUUAUUGUUGAUAUAUGUGUGUAAAAUAGUUUGUGAGCAUUUUCCUUGUUGAUUACGUUCUCAUUUGCGAUUUCACUCGUAACAACACAGCGCUAGUUUCUCUAGCGGAAAAAAAAUAAAUGUGCCAUCAUCGUUUUGAUUAACUGUUGUGUGUUUAAGUGCUUUGGUUCAUACAAAUUAAAGGCGAUAACACAAUGCAUCAAUGGCUUGAAAGUGAUGACACUUUUCUUUCACAGCAACUAAAAAUGCUUUAGUCAAAGUGUGUGUUUAAAUUGACUUUUUGUGACCUAUGAGCCUAAACUGCCCCCCCAAAAAAGUGCAGAAAAAGCGUAAGGAAAUAAAGGUUUUCCAUUGUGUUCCCAUUGUG